UGGACGGACACGAGCCACGGGACCAGCUGUAGAGGAGGGGGCGGGGCAACAACAACAACAACUCUAAAUGCAAAAUAAUAACACACACAGUUCGGCAAUCCGCGUCUCUAAAGAGGACAAACACACUAUCAGGAGGCUCUGUCUGCCGCAUGCGCACAGAGGACGCGACUCGGGAAGCAUCUGUGUGUGCGUGCGCGCGUGUGUGUGCGUGUGAGUGUGUGUUCGUGUGUGCGUGUGUGAGCGUGUGGGGGGGCGGGUGCAAGGCGCAUCAUGCCACGCGCCAGCGCGCUGCGCGUGUACCUGUUCGCGCUCCUGCUGCCGCUGGCGACGCUCGCGCAGGACGUGGAGGUGCUGGUGUUCCUGCCGCGGAACAACUCCUACCCGUUCUCGCACGCGCGCGUCGCGCCCGCGAUCCUGUACGCGCAGCGGCGGCUGCGGGACGCGGCGCGCUUCGCCGGCUUCCGCUUCCACGUCCAGUUCGAGGACUCCGACUGCGUCAACGGUGCCAUGUUCGCGCUGGUGGAGCGGUCGUGCGCGCGCAAGCCGGACCUGAUCCUGGGGCCGGUGUGCGAGUACGAGGCGGCGGCGGUGGUGAGGCUGGCGUCCCGCUGGGACGUCCCGGUGAUCUCGGCCGGGGCGCUGGCCGUGGGCUUCGGGGACAAGCGCGGCGAGUACUCGCACCUGACGCGCAUCGCGCCGCCGCACGUGAAGAUGGCGGAGACGUUCGCCGCGAUGUUCGCGCACUUCGCGUGGCGGAGCGCGCUGCUGGUGUACCAGGACGACAAGGCGGAGCGGAACUGCUACUUCACGCUGGAGGGGGUCUACCACCUGAUGGCCGACCUGCGGCUCCAGACCUACGCCUUCGAGGAGCGCGCGGACCCCGACGACGUGCUGCACAACAUGCAGGACUCCGAAGUGGUCAUCAUGUGCAUGGAAGCCGAUCACAUACGAGAGAUCAUGCUGGCCGCUCACAGACGGCGGCUGACCAACGGCAACUACGUGUUCUUCAACGUGGACCUCUUCAACGCCUCUUCUUACGGCAAUGGCUCGUGGAAGAGAGGAGAUCAGUUUGACGGCGAGGCGAGGCUCGCCUACGCUUCUCUGAACACGCUGACGCUGCUCAGGACGGUCAAGCCCGAGUUUGAGAACUUCUCCAUUGAAAUGAAGAAGUCCACAGAACAAGAGGGCGGCCGCGACUGCAACGACUGCGGGAGCGUCAACAUGUUCGUGGAGGGCUUCCAUGACGCCAUGUUUCUGUACGCCAUCGCCCUGCAUGAAGCCAUGAAGCACGGACACAGUCAGAAGAACGGAACGGAGAUCACCUCGCGCAUGUGGAACCGAACCUUCGAAGGGAUCGCUGGCCAGGUGUCGAUGGACGUCAACGGGGACAGGAAUGGAGAUUUCUCUUUGAUGGCGAUGACGAACGUUGAGGCAGGAACCUACGAGGUGGUGGCCAACUACUUUGGUGAAAACAGAACGUUUGAGCUGCUGCCGGCCUUCAACUCGGACCACUUCGCCCUGAAGAGGAGACACGUAGCCCAGAAAGAGAUCGCAGACACUCCAUGUGGACUGGGAGUAUCGGCUUUGACGGGCGUCAUAGUGGGAGCUGUCCUGGGAACGGCCCUGCUCAUAGCCUUGCUCAUAGCCUUCUACUUCUUCAGAAAAAACUUCCGGGUCACCAUCGCGCGCCGCGCGCACAGCGAGGAGGACGACACCGGGAAGCACCGUCAUCUCCGAGAGGACUCCAUCAGAUCCCACUUCUCCACAGCGUGAUCGGUGGCAGCGUCACCCCCCCCCCCCCCACACACACACACACACUGAUAGUUA